AUGGAGACACGAUUCAGCGUGAUAGGCCGACAGUCGUUUCUGAACUUUCCAACUGGUAGGAGCCAUACAGUAGUGGUUACUGAAGAUGGUUUAUCACUUGCAUUUGGCUGGAAUAAACACGGGCAGCUGGGCUCUGGCUCAGCAAGAAAUGAAAUGGAGUCAUCUCCUGUUCGCUGUCAUGUGUCUGAUGUCAAAACUACUGCUUGUGGUGCCGACUUCACGGUCUGGUUAUCCUCUGCUGAAGGAGCUUCUAUAUUAAUACUUGCUGAUUGGCAUAAUGUUCUUUUGGUUUCUAGAUCUGCAGGUCUUCCACAGUAUGGUCAACUUGGACAUGGAACCGACAAUGAGUACAAUACAAAAGACAGCUCAGUCAGGCUGGCAUACGAAGCCCAACCUCGCCCUAGAGCGAUAGCUGCUCUUGCUGGGGAAACCAUUGUGAAAGUUGCAUGCGGAACAAACCAUACAGUGGCUGUGGAUUCAAAUGGUUAUGUUUUCACGUGGGGCUUCGGCGGUUAUGGAAGGCUUGGACAUAGAGAGCAGAAAGACGAGUGGGCCCCUCGGCGUGUGGAUGUAUUCUCAAAGCACAAUGUUCUGCCUUCUGAUGCAGUUAUUUCAGCUGGUUCUGUGAAUUCUGCAUGCACUGCAGGAAACAUGCAUCAUUUUGUUGGUGCUGAUAACUCUUGCAUAAGUUGGGGGCAUGCUCAGCAUGGAGAACUGGGAUACGGCCCUAAUGGUCAAAAGUCUUCGGCUGUGCCCAAGAAGGUCGAUAUCCUGGAGGGCAUGCAUGUUAUUGGUGUUGCUUGUGGCAUGGGCCAUUCCAUGGUCAUAGUUGACAGAACAGAUGUUGGUGAUCGACUUGAUCAGCUUGAUGUCUAUGAUGGCAAAGCUUCUGGUGAAGGUAGUGGGGAGCCUGAGAGUAAAGAUCAUGUUAAGCAAAGUGCGAAAAAAGGUUCUGCUAAAGCUUCUGAUAACUCCAGAAAGAGGAAGUCAAAAGAUUCAUCGGAAUCUGAAGACGAAGAGAAUGCUGAUGAAAGUGACACCAGUGAAGAUCAAGUCAAUGGUCAGACAGAAAAGAAGAGCAAACGCGGUGGAAAGGUUUCUGGUAGGGCUCAAAGUAAAGCCAAAGGAAUUGCGGUUGGUUCGCUUGAGUCCCUUCUCGUCAGAACAACCCCUGUUCUAGAAUCGACCGUGGCACUCGCGGAAGAUGAUGGCUUGUUAGCACGAAGUCGGUAUCUUCUUGCAACAGGGGAUUGUGAGAAUGUCAGAACUUAG